CAUUCCCAGAAGAGGAGCAGAUCUGCAGAGGAGGAGGAAAAAGAGGAUUUUCUCUCCCCACCCCACCGCUGGUCGAAAGAAGACAAUGGAGAGGGCAGUCAAAAUUCUGGUGGGCCAAAUCCAAUGGGAAUAACGAAGAAAUCAUUUAAAUGCAUGGAGUGUGAAAAGAAAGAGGAUAAACAAUUUGAAAGCAUGGAGUGUGGAAAGAGCAUCACUGACAGUGGAACACUUAGGAAACAUCAACAGACUCACACAGGAGAGAAACCAUUUCAAUGCAUGGAUUGUGGAAAGAGCUUCAGGCGGAGUGGAAGCCUUAGAAGACAUCAACAGACUCACACAGGGGAGAAACCAUUUCAAUGCAUGGAGUGUGGAAAGAGCUACAGUCGGAGUGAAGAACUUAGAAUUCAUCAACGGAGUCACACAGGAGAGAAACCAUUUGAAUGCAUGGAGUGUGGAAAGAGCUUCAGUCACAGUGGAAACCUUAGAAAACAUCAACGGACCCACACUGGGGAAAAACCAUUUCAAUGCAUGGAAUGUGGAAAGAGCUUCACUGAGAGUGGAACACUUAGAAUUCAUCAACGGAUUCACACAGGGGAGAAACCAUUUCAAUGCAUGGAGUGUGGAAAGAGCUUCAGUCGGAGUGGAACACUUAGAAUUCAUCAACGGCGUCACACAGGAGAGAAACCAUUUAAAUGCAUGGAGUGUGGAAAGAGCUUCAGUCAGAGUGGACACCUUAGAAACCAUCAUCUAACUCACACGGGGGAGAAACCAUUUGCAUGCAUGGAGUGUGGCAAGAGCUUUACUUGCAGUGGAACACUUAAAAUUCAUCAAUGGACUCACACAGGGGAGAAACCAUUUCAAUGCAUGGAGUGUGGAAAGAGCUUCACUUGCAGUAAAACACUUAGAAUUCAUAAACGGACUCACACAGGGGAGACACCAUUUAAAUGCAUGGAGUGUGGAAAGAGCUUCACUUGCAGUAAAACACUUAGAAUCCAUAAACUGACUCACACAGGGGAGAAACCAUUUAAAUGCAUGGAGUGUGGAAAGAGCUUCAGUGACAGUGGAAACCUUAGAAUUCAUCAACGGACCCACACUGGGGAAAAACCAUUUGAAUGCAUGGAGUGUGGAAAGAGCUUCAUUUCUGGUGGAACACUUAGAAUUCAUCAACGGACACACACAGGGGAGAAACCAUUUAAAUGCAUGGAGUGUGGAAAGAGCUUCAGUAGGAGUGGAAACCUUAGAAGACAUCAAUGGACACACACUGGGGAAAAACCAUUUAAAUGCAUGGAAUGUGGAAAUAGCUUCACUGAGAGUGGAACACUUAGAAUUCAUCAACGGACUCACACAGGGGAGAAACCAUUUCAAUGCAUGGAGUGUCGAAAGAGCUUCAGUCGGAGUGGAGAACUUACAAUUCAUCAACGGAGUCACACAGGAGAGAAACCAUUUCAAUGCAUGGAGUGUGGAAAGAGUUUCAUUCGGAGUGGAGAACUUAGAAAACAUCAACAGACUCACACAGGAGAGAGACCAUUUAAAUGCAUGGAGUGUGGAAAGAGCUUCAGUACGAGUUGGAAGCUGAAUUUACAUCACCUAACUCACACUGGGGGGAAACCAUUUAAAUGCAUGGAAUGUGGAAAGUGCUUCACUGAGAGUGGAACACUUAGAAUUCAUCAACGGACUCAUACAGGGGAGAAACCAUUUCAAUGCAUGGAGUGUGCAAAGAGCUUCAGUCAGAGUGGACUCCUUAGAAACCAUCAACGGAUUCACACAGGGGAGAAACCAUUUAAAUGCAUGGAGUGUGGAAAGAGCUUCACUUAUAGUGGAACACUUAGAAGACAUCAUCUAACUCACACAGGAGAGAAACCAUUUGAAUGCAUGGAGUGUGGAAAGAGCUUCACUUGCGGUAGAACACUUAGAAGACAUCAUGGAACUCACACAGGAGAGAAACCAUUUAAAUGCAUGGAGUGUGGAAAGUGCUUCAGUCAGCGUGGACACCUUAGAAUACAUCAACGGAGUCACACAGGAGAUAAACCAUUUAAAUGCAUAGAAUGUGGAAAGUGCUUCAGUACGAGUUGGAAGCUGAAUUUACAUCAUCGAACUCACACAGGAGAGAAACCAUUUCAAUGCAUGGAGUGUGGAAAGUGCUUCAGUCAUAGUGGACACCUUAGAAUACAUCAACGGAGUCACACAGGAGAGAAACCAUUUAAAUGCAUGGAAUGUGGAAAGUGCUUCAGUAGGAGUGGGAAGCUGAAUAUACAUCAUCGAACUCACACGGGGGAAAAACCAUUUAAAUGCAUGGAGUGUGGAAAGAGUUUCUCUGACAGUGGAGACCUUAGACAACACCAACGGACUCACACUGGGGAGAAACCAUUUACAUGCAUGGAAUGUGGAAAGAGCUUCAGUCACCGUGGAACACUAAGAAAACAUCAAUGGACACACACAGCGGAGAAACCAUUUCGAUGUAUGGAGUGUGGAAAGAGCUUCAGGCAGAGUGGAAACCUUAGAAUUCAUCAACGGACCCACACAGGAGAGAAACCCUUUCAAUGCAUGGAAUGUGGAAAGUGCUUCUGUUGGAGUGGGCAACUCAAUUUACAUCAUCGAACUCACACAGGAGAGAAACCAUUUAAAUGCAUGGAGUGUGGAAUGAGCUUUACUGAGAGUGGAGUUCUUACAGAACAUCAACAAACUCAUACAGAGGAGAAACCAUGUAAGUCCUAGGGAAGUGGACAGAGGUUCUGUUGAAGUGGAGGUCUUACAAACCAUCAAAAGACUCUGAGGGGUAAGAGCUGUAAGAGU